AUGACUGUCUGUCAGGCUCACAAAAAACUAGAUCAAGGAAGGAUGCCCCCUAAGGAUUGGAAACUAGGCCCGUAUGCAGCAAACAAAUUCUUCGUCAGCCCGUCAAAGGACCCUUCUGGGUUCACCAUGAAUGUAUUGAUUCUCCUAGCAUUCGCAUAUUCGGUCUCCUGCCUGACUCCUGGUGAGAGCUUCUACAGUAGGAGGAGGCGCCUUAUACGAGAACGAAUUCGACAAGAAUAUGAUCUACCCGUAGGAUGGGAUGAUGACAUUGAGGGUGAGGAGGCCCCUCUAACGCCCUCCGGUUGGGGGACCAUUGAUCUUGUUACGAGUAACGCAAUCGGGCAGAAGGAUGAUGAUGAGAAAGUUAUAGUUGGGGAUAUAUAA